AUGACUGGCAGCCCUAUCAGAGUUCACACUCCUGGCUCUCUGGCCUGGGACGCGCAGACACGAUUGGUCCAAAUAAAUUUUAUUAACCGCCAAAAUCAGCCAAUCAAUACUUUUGCAGUUACGAAAGCAAGCAAUCCUGUACCUGCAGCGGUCGAGAGCCAAUCACAGACCGUCGGAGAGACUGGCGUCCACGCAGCAUCUUUCAACGAAGCGAGACGCGGGAAUUUUAAAGGGCUGUGUAAACAGAUAGACCACUUUCCCGAAGACACAGACUAUGAAGCCGACACCGCUGAAUAUUUCUUACGCGCGGUGCGUGCCUCCAGUAUCUUUCCAAUCCUGAGUGUCAUCCUCCUCUUCAUGGGCGGUCUGUGCAUUGCAGCCAGCGAGUUUUACAAGUCGCGUCACAACAUUAUUCUGAGCGCCGGCAUCUUCUUUGUCUCUGCAGGACUGAGCAACAUCAUUGGGAUCAUCGUGUACAUAUCGGCCAACGCGGGGGACCCCUCCAAGAGCGACUCCAAGAAGAACAGCUACUCGUACGGCUGGUCCUUCUACUUCGGGGCGCUGUCCUUCAUCAUCGCCGAGAUGGUGGGCGUGCUGGCCGUGCACAUGUUCAUCGACCGACACAAGCAGCUGAGAGCCGGGACGAGAGCCACGGACUACCUGCAGUCCUCCGCCAUCACCCGCAUCCCGAGCUAUCGCUACCGUUACCGUCGCCGCAGCCGCUCCAGCUCCCGCUCCACCGAGCCCUCGCGCUCCCGGGACGCCUCCCCCGUCGGCCUCAAGGGCUUCAACACCCUCCCUUCCACCGAAAUCUCCAUGUACACCCUGACCCGAGACCCCCUGAAAUCCACCUCCACUCCGACAGCAACGUACAACUCGGAGCGGGACCACAACUUCCUGCAGGUGCACAACUGCAUCCAAAAGGACUUGAAAGAGUCUCUGCACACGAACACGGCGAACCGACGCACCACUCCAGUGUGAGGAGAGAGCGAGAGAGCCAGGCCGCGCGGUCACACCGCGAUCCCAGCGGAGAGAGAGAGAGAGAGAGAGAGCGCGAGAGAGAGAGAGAGAGGCGAAGGUCCCACGUGGAAUCCAACCGAGCUGAAGUAUUUCAAGAGAUAAGGAUUUAAACAUGCAUGAAAUCCCAUCUACUGUUAUUUAAUAAGAAAAUGUUUGUAAAAAAAAGAUAUUAAUGAUAAUAAAUGAUAUUAUUGAUGACUAAGAUAGAUGGCAGGCUGUCGGAAGUCUUUAUGAAUUCUUGUCUUGAAACCUCAACUUUUUUUCUGACAAAGAAGAAAAGUUUUUUAUUCAUGAUUUCCGUGGGGGUGGAAAAGUUUCGGGGGGGGGGAGAGGGGAGGGGGGGGGGGAGAUCAAGGCUUUUGUUUAGUCCCUUGUUUUAUUUUUCCUGCAUCUAACUGUGGAAUGGAAUUUCGGAGAUGGGAAGUUGAUGCUUUGGGGGCUCACACUGCAAAAAAAAAAACUAAGCAAGACUUUCAAUAAAAAACAUCAGGAAGGGGAGGAAACAUGAAACAAAAACCAACACGCUUCUCACCGGAGAUGCAGGAACUCAAACUGUGAAGAUUCAACAGAGUAUUAUUAUUUAGAACUUAACAACGAAACGACAAAUUCUAUUCUUUUAAAAGGACCUUGUUUUUUUUUUUUCAAAGAGAGAGAGGCUGUUUACCUGAUCUACAGGAACAGUUUUCGGACUCAAAAAAAAUAAAAAAAUCACAAAAGAAUUUACAUGCAUGCUAAAAAAUAAAAAAUUCAGCCGCUCUGCUCUUGAAGAAACUAAUUAAAAAGGAAUUUCAAGCUAAAGGAUGGAGAAACGGUUUUCUGUUGUGCUUGGGAUAUAUUUCAGAAAUGAUAUGCCGCCUCAGUGUUUGUUUCGAUCUGUUUCUUCAUCGGUUCGCUUCUGUUUUCGAUUAUUUUCACUUUAAUGAGAUCGUCACCAUAAGACAAGACCAGAAUGAGACACUCUGAGCUGGAUGAGAACGAGAGAGAGAGGGGAUCUUUCAAAUCGAAAGAAUCAAUCAAUACAAACCAGAGGCUUUGUGAGAGUCAGAGAACUGCGGGACAGGAAAGCUAAUCAGGUUUUGGGUUCUUUUUGAAAAGCGGUUCUAUAGAACGGUUCUCACGGACAGCCCUGUGAGGCAGCGAAAGUAUUGCCACCUAUGUCCGGAUUUAAGCUAAAAAGAUAAGCAAAGGUAAAUGAACUCAGAAUUAAAGUUUGUGGAACUUCAGAAAGCUUUUUCGAAGUUAGGAACCGCACGAGGCACAGGAACGGUUUUGUCUUUUAAAUUUAAAGUGGCUUUAAGGGUGCGGUAAUUUUACUGCAAGACCUUUAUUGAGGGAAGUGUCUGGUUUAGAGGAAAGGAGAGACCUGAGGAAGACAUUCAGAUGGAGAUAUCUCACUCUCGUCAGUUUCAUAAAAAACAAAUUCAUUCUGUUGGUUUAUUUAUUUUGCUCAUAUGUGUUUUUUUUUUUUCAGACUGUUACAAUUUGAAACAAAAAGAUUUAAAAACAAAGAAUGACAAUUUCCAGGGCAUAAAAUAAAGUUUUUUUUUUAUAAA